UUGCCGCCGAUCAAUCACCGUCCUCUCUUUCUCUGCAUCUCUUGCUAAAUCCAAAUCCAAAUAAAUAAAUAAAUAAACAAAAAGAUUGUUGUGAAUUUGAAAAUGACAUCAACAGUUCCUUUCCAAAUAAUCGACGACGACGACGAAUUUGAUUGGGAGGCAGCAGUCAGAGAAAUCGAUGCCGCUUGUGAAAGAGCAAAUAACCCUGUAUCUACAACAAUUAAUCAAGCUUCCUCUUCCAAUGUUACCCCUCCCGUUAAUAUUCUUAAUAAUUCUUCUUAUUCUUCAUUUACAAAGACUGGGACUUGCAAGCAAUCCACGCUCGAUAAGUUUAUUGGCAGAGCGAAUCCGCCGGUGAAGCCAACGGUUGAGGUCCGACAUCAUCAGGGUAAUGGCAUCAUCAACAGUGAUGGGAGGCCGUGUUGCGUUGAGAUCGAUGCCGAGGCAGCUAAAACUUGGAUUUACCCAGUCAAUGUACCUCUCCGAGACUAUCAAUUAGCUAUAACAAAGACCGCAUUAUUUACAAACACAUUGGUUGCAUUGCCAACUGGGCUCGGAAAGACGCUUAUUGCUGCUGUUGUUAUGUAUAACUACUUCAGAUGGUUUCCUGAUGGUAAAAUAGUUUUUGCUGCUCCUUCUCGACCGCUUGUGAUGCAACAAGUAGAAGCAUGCCAUAAUAUUGUGGGGAUACCACAAGAGUGGACAAUUGAUAUGACCGGUCAGGUAUGCCCUACAAAAAGGGCAUGUUUUUGGAAAACUAAACGAGUUUUCUUUGUUACUCCACAAGUGCUGGAAAAGGAUAUUCAAUCUGUGGCAAAACACUUGGUUUGUUUGGUAAUUGAUGAGGCUCAUAGAGCAUCAAGAAAUUAUUCCUACUGUGUAGCAAUUCGCGAGUUGUUGGCCAUACCAGUGCAACUGAGAAUAUUAGCAUUGACUGCGACUCCAGGAUCAAAACAGCCGGCUGUCCAGCAUAUCAUUGAUAACUUACAGAUAUCAGCUCUUGAAUAUCGUAAUGAAAGUGAUCCUGAUGUCAUUCCAUAUGUUCAUGACAGAAAGAUUGAACUACUUGAGGUUGCAUUGGGGUAAGAAGCUGUUGAUACUAACAAACGGCUAUUGGAAGUUAUGCGUCCAUAUGUGGCAAGGCUUUCUACACUUGGACUUCUCCAGAAUAGAGACUAUCAAACAUUAAGCCCACCUGAUUUACUCAACUCAAGAGAUAAAUUUCACCGAGCACCUCCUCUGGACCUUCCCCAGAACAGAUAUGGAGAAAUUGAAGCUUGUUUUGGAGGUCUUAUUACUCUUUACCACAUCCGUAAGCUCCUUUCAAGUCAUGGAAUAAGGCUGGCGUAUAAGAUGCUGGAAAAGGAGUUGAAACAAUGGUAUCUUCUUGUGCAUUAUCCACUCCAGCACUGCCUUGAUCAUUUAAACAUUAGUUUCCAUGAUCAGUUUCUGCUUUUCAUUGGAUAUGAAACAUCAUCAAAAUGAACUUCUUCAUCUUUUGACCAUACUAAUCUAAAAGUGUGGUAUCUGUAACGAUGAAAUGUUUCGAUGCCAGAAGAUUAUGUUGUUUAUCUUUUGAAAGUUUUCAUUGGGGGGAGGCUAUUGAGCUUUCUUGUAUGGACUUGGGGUUCUCUGAGGAUUUGAAUUGAAAGUUGUCCUGGCAAGAGAUCCUUCAAGGUUUAAUGUUCUUCUCUAACUGAAAGCCCAUACCCUCAGGUUACCAAGUAGAGAUGCCCUGUAUGAUGAUUUGACAAUGGUAAUGGCAUAAUGGUGCUUAGGCUGAGGGGUGAAAUUUUUUAAUGUGAACAUAUUUAAUGGUGCUGCAGUAUUAAAGGUCUUUUGGAGUUUCUGUUGCUUCUUUCUCCAGCAAACCUGGAAUCUACCAUUAUUCCUUUGGUCUUUUGGAUAAGAAUGUGCAUACUGAAGCUGAAUUAGCUACGAUCUGACUUAAAUGAGCAUGCAAGGAUUAUUUGGAUGAUGUGGACAUUUAAAUGUCUAAAUGUAUUGGUGUUGGAUUGUAAAUAUGGAUUUUGAAGAAAAUAAUGAUUUUUUUCCUGCAAUGAAACUUGUUUAUGAUCA